AGAAUAAUAAAAAAAAAAGAUAAAAAUUACAUUAGACCCGAGGAGGGUUACGAGCGCAAUGCUGACUCAGGAGGUUGAUGAAUCAUGCACAAGAGAACUCAGGUGGUUGGUUCCUCAGUCUCUGUUCUGUCUCCCAGUCCGGUCCCGCCGCCCUCACGCUCUCUCACGCUCCCUCUCGCUCGUACGCGAUAAGCUUCGUAGAUAGAGCUAUCGAUAAGGGGGAUAACGGUUGUCAUUAUUUUUUUUCCCCGAGAGGUCUCGAGUGGAGCAGUGUUCUCUGUAAGCGAGGACGUUAGAAAAAGGGGGGGAUUUAUAGGUAUAUUAUUAUAACGUUGAUAUAAAUUUAAGAGAGAGAGCGAGAGGUGGGAAAGGAAAAUGUUCGUUGUUAUGGUCGAUCGAUGAGCAAACUGCUUGAGAAUGUGGACCGUGCAUGUGCUUGCCUUGUCUGCGCUGUUGACCGGGGCAUCAGGUCAGCUGGGAGAACGCCCUUUGACCUCCGAGGGAACCAGGUCACGGGUGGACACCAAGAAAGCUGAUGAGGACGACCUCGGGGUUACGUCCUGGAGAGUGGAGGUCGACGUCUUCCGGGUUUGGAGGCCGAGGUACUGGCUCGCCCUCGAGGACACGUUCUUGGGAUGCCUGGCGCACAACCGGAUCUACAAUGGCACCGUCAUGAACGUCAACCUGACCGAGAUAGGGAAGCUACACAACGGCCAAGAUCGAGCUCAAGCCUGCUAUCAGCUGUGCCAGAACAAGAUGGCGUUCGCGGGUUUUAUUGCGGUUAGUUAUGGAGUCGGCGGGUUGAUGGACCGCUGCGGUUGCCACUACGAGUAUGAUCUGGAUUUUAUGUUUGAGGAGGACGACGGGACCUGCGACGGCAGCAUGUCCCACUCGCGGAUCUACUGCGGCCCGGGAAACAUCGAGUGCUUCAGUCGAGCGGGAGGACUCGGAGGGGGAAACACCUACGUGGCUCCUCUCCCUCGCUCUUCUGGUCUCUGGCGCUCACUUCUUCGGUUUUUCAAGAUGAUGGUGAAUUCCACGCCCAUGGUGGUUGUUGGGAUCUGCUGAGGGUUCGGAGCAGGGAUUUAAGGGUAACUCUGAUGAGAUUAAGGAAUAAAUAAAAAGUCAGACUU